AUGUUCGGCAAGGCCUUUGGAUGUCUCGAGACUAGUUCAGAUUACAAGGAUGGGAUUCAGUCACUAGAUCGCUAUUUGCCGUGGCUAGCUCUAACAGUAGUCUCACCCAUAUCUUGUCGACCCUUGAUACUAACAUCCUCUCUGCUCAUACCUGGCUCACGAAGUGCUCUCGGAGCUAUCAAGACCAUCAUCAAUGCGUCUCGCGAGACGGUGGCAACUCGUCUUGGGCAAGGAGAGACCCGUACGGAUAUUCUGCAGCAACCUGAAGAUUUCGAAAGCGGCGACAAACUCGACUUCUCAUUCAGCGAUAUUGAGCAGGAAGCUUAUGUGGCACUGUCGGCCGGCUUUGACACAACGGCAAUUGCCUUUCGUACAACCUUUUAUAAUGUUAUGAAGAACCCACAAAUCUACCAGAGGCUGCUAAACGAGAUCGAUGAGACCGUGGAAAGCGGAAAGCUGACCUUCCCGGCCAAGCAUUCAGAAGCAACUCAGCUCCCAUAUCUUUGCGCCUGUAUCAAGGAAGCUUUCCGAAUUUUCCCAAGCGUUCAAUUAAAUUUGGCCCGAGUAGUUCCUGAAGGUGGUGUGCAGCUUAAUGGAACUUACAUUCCUCAUGGGUAUCGCGUCGGGAUCAACCCACCGGUCGUUCAUUUCGACAAAGACGUCUUCGGACCAGACGCGGAUCAGUUUCGACCCGAUCGUUGGUUGCAAGCCGAUGCAAUAAACAUGGAUACGCGUCUGAUACAUUUUGGCGCGGGCACACGGACAUGUAUAGGGGAGAACAUCUCAAUCGUGGAGCUCCAUAAAUUUACGCCAUACUUGCUGUGUAGUUUCCGACAAAACUCAGACAUCCAAAGGUAG